CGUCCGAGAUGCCGGGCAGUGAGAGCGGGUCGCUGAGUGCUUCGUCCAAUGCCUCCAGCAAGUCCCGAUCCCACGUGCGCUACAGAACGAAGUCCUUCAAUUCAGAAGUAGAUGAAAGCCUUUUUGGGAUGGCCAAGAAGCUCCAUCUGCCCCGCAUCGGCAGCCCCAUUGUGGUCCUCCAAGAUGUCGCUACAGCAGGGAAGUCUCUUGGCUGGGGUCAAAAGCCGGAGACCAUCCGCAUCAUCACCAGGGACCUAAUCCGGGACCUCGUCGUUCCCAAAACGGACCCUUCAGGGGAGUCGCUGAUCAUCAGCCCCCAGGACUUUGCGCGCAUCAAAGACUCCUCCCGGGUCUGGACCAAGGAGGAGCGAGAAGCGAGGGAAGCAGCCCUCAAGGCAGAGCGAGACGCCAUCAUGGUGGCAGUGAACGAGCGAAAGAAGUCCAUGCAGCAGAAGGAGAUCUUGCGGAAGAAGAACGAGAAGCUGAACGACUUGGAGGAGGAGGCCAAGGAACGGGCGCAGUACCUGUUGGAGCGGGCCACCAAUCUGCGCAUGGAGCAGGAAGACGAAAUCAAGGGUCUCAAUGAGGUCAUCCUGGAAGCCAAAUGCCACGCCAUCCGCGACGCUCAGAUCCUGGAGAAGAAGCAGAUCGAGAAAGAGCUGAACGAGGAGGAGAUGCGGCUGGCCCGGAUGAUGGAGGCGGAGAGGCAGAAGGGCAACAAGAUGCAGGAGGAACUGGAGCGGAAGAGGAAGGAGGAGCUAUUCAGGGGGAGGCGCCACAUCAUUGAACAGAUCGAGAAGAACCAGGAGCUCCGUGCCAUGAAGGCCGAGCAGAGGGAUCUGGAGGCCCAAGAGAUGCUCGACUAUCUGGAGCAGCUGCAGGUCGAAGACGAGAGGGAGAUGGACCACAGGAGGCUGGAGCAGCUGAGGAUCCAGGCCGAAAUCAAACAUAUCAAUGACGAGAACCAGAAGCGCAAGCAGGAGAGGCUGGAGCAGGAGAGGCUGUCUGACAUGCGGGUGCUGGAGUACCAGCGGCAAAAAAUGGCACGGGAGACCGAGUUUGAGGCUGAGCAGGAGAGGAUCCGCCGGGAGAAGGAGAUGGAGACGGCCCGCCUGCGGGCUUUGCAGGAGAAGGCUCAGGAUCACCAAGCGGAGCAGGAUGCGCUGAGGGCCAAGCGCAACCAAGAGGCAGCCGAGCGGGAGUGGCGGCGGAAGGAGAAGGAUGCCAUUCAGAAAAAGACUCAGACAGAAGCCAUGCUGAAACAGAGCCGCCUGGAGCAGGUGGCCAAGAAGGAGCACGACCUGGCCGUCCAGGUGCAGCGAGACAGGGCCGAGUUCGAGAGGAUCGUCAGAAUCCAACGGGAGCAGAUCGAGAAGGAGCGGAAGGAGCAUGAGAGGCGCAAGGCUCUCCAGCUGACCCACGCCGACGAGAUCCGGCGCCAGGUCCGCGAGCACCAGCACAAGCAGGUGCAGGAGCGCAUCGCCAUCUUUGAGGAAGGCCAGCGGCUCAAGGAGGAGGCGCGCCGGCGCAGCGAGCGCCUCAACGAGAUCAAACGGAAGAAACUGGACGAGCUCCGGGCUGUCGGCCUCCCUGAGAAGUACUGUGCCCAGGUGGAGCGCAAAACGUACAAAGGGUCGACCCCGGUGCACUGA